UUCUCGCUCGCAUUCGUCAACUUGAAGGUACGCCAAAGUUUUCAUUCCUGCGGUAAAAGUGAUGCGGAACCAACCUGUUGCGCCUGGAGCUGUUAUUAAUUUCGCUACGACUUCAACGGAUGUUGGCUGUUGCAUUAAUUCAUCAUAUUUUUCGGAAGUAAUUUUUAAAUUUCCCAGCGUGUGUAGUGAUUUACAUUUCCUGUGCGCUUCCCGACGGUGACAAUGGAUUUUCUAACAACCAAUGCGUUUUAUCUACCACUUGGUAGCCGUGUGAUUAUCUACACUUGAAAUUAUAUUUGUUCUGUGGUGAUUCAACUGUAUCGAAUUCGCGUAUCUCUUUGAGUGUGCAUUUAAUUUAUUUCCUUCAUUGGAUUACUUUGAAAUCGAAGCAGUAUGCAUAACAACAAAGGUGGUGACGAAGAAAAAACAGAACCUAAAGAAAAUGACAAAUGGAUGGAAAAUAAUGAUCACGACAAAGACUUGGAAGUGGCCCCUACUAAGAACAACUCUCGCUUGGACGAACUUCGGGGACGAGCUAAAAAAUUCGCUUCCAACAGAUAUCAUCUCAUCAUAGUAUUAUUGUGUGUACUUUUAUUCAUUUUAUUCAUCAUUGUGAUUGCAUUAGCUGUUCAAUUAGGCACUUAUAAGUGCGCUGAAAGCAAUGAAUGUCGAACCGCGGAGUGCUUAAGAGCGGCUUCGUCGGUGGUCGCGCGUUCAGAUAUUUCUUUGGACCCUUGCAAUAAUUUCUAUUCUUUCAGCUGUGACGGCUGGACAUCGAGAAAUCCAUUACCUAAAAAUAAAGGAUCAUAUUCAGUGAGAGAUCAGUUGAAAGGGGAGAUAUACAGUCGAGUUCGACACCUGAUCGACCUUGUCCCGCAUGACUCGAAUACGACGAGGCAUCAGUGGAAAGUGAAAACGUUUUACCAAUCUUGUUUGGCUUUGAAGGAUAUCGAAUAUUGGGUGCCUGAAAAAAUUAGACAAGCGAUCCAGGAAAUUGGAGGAUGGGCUAUUGUAAAGGAACCACCUGCUGGGUUAUGGGAUCGAAAUUCUGUGCUGAUGAAAUUGCAUGUCAGUUUUGGCGUUUCGGCAUUCUUUCAGAUAUUGGUUGAACCUGAUGACAGGGAUCCACUGAGAAAUAUUAUUAAAAUUGUCCCUGGAGGUCUUGGAUUACCUGGUAAAGAUUUUUAUUUCAAGCCUCAUGAUGACAUGUUUGUUAAAGCAUAUAAAACCUUUAUCAAGAAUACUAUGCAAGAAAUGGGUGUCACCUUGAAUGAAGCUGUUAGAUUUGCUGAUGAUGUAUUUUAUUAUGAAAAGAGGAUAGCCGAGAUUACCCCUACUGCUGAUGAACUGAGAAAUACUAAGGACUUGUAUGCAAUAUUGAAGGUUAAGGAGCUUGAUCGACUUUCAACUAGUAUAUCUUGGACUGAUCUUUUGCAACGAUAUUUUCCUGACUUUGUGAAGCCUGACACUGAAGUUGCAGUUUUGUCCGAAAAGUAUUUCAGGGAUAUCUCCAAGAUCAUAUCAUCAACUGACAAUGUUGUGCUGAACAAUUACUGUAUGUGGCGCUUCAUGCAUGCAUUUGUUUCUCACUCAUCUCCAAAAUUUAGACUUGUCGCCAACCAUUUCAAACAAUCACUUGAAGGUGUUGAAGACUUGAAUUUACCAUACCAAGAUACUUGGGAGUCAUGCAUAGAUGUCACUAGUCAGUUCUUAGGUCAUGCUAUUGGAGCCAUGUAUAUAUCUGAAUUUUAUAAAAAUGAUGCUGAGGCUCAAAAAUAUCUUCAUAAACUUGUUGGUUCUAUUAAUGCACUCACAAAGGACAUUCCAUGGUUGCGAGAGGAGGAAUCUCACGUUGCUGCUGAAUCCAAAAUACGUUCCCUUCUGAUGUUGUCUGGACGGCCGAAUUUCGAUAAAGAUCAUACCUUAGAAAUGUAUUAUGAAAAAUUACAAGUACAAACUGACUAUUUCCAAAACAUAAAGAAUGGCAUAUAUUUCUUGCACUGGAAACAACAAGAAAUGCUGAAAAACAAUGCAGUUACUGACUAUAGCUGGACAAUUUAUCCUCAUGAUGUCACAGUUGAUUAUAAAUAUGCAGGAAAUCAGUUGGUUGUUCCUGCUGGCAUAUUUGAAAACCCCCUUUUUGAUUUUCAUGCUCCUUUAGCUGUAAAGUAUGGUGCUUUAGCUGCUCAUGUUGCUAAUAAACUUGGAGAAGUUUUUGACGAUAAAGGCAUUAAUUAUAAUGAAUAUGGUGUUUUGAAAGAUUGGGCAGGAAAUAGCUCAGUGAUGGCCUUUAAAAGAAGAGAGCAGUGCUUGAAAAACAUAAUUGCAAAUUAUUCAUUGAAUGAUGUAACGGCCAAUGCUGAUUUAACAGUUGGAUCUUUAAUAGCUGAAAUUGGAGGCGUAAAAUUAGCCUAUGAGGCUUACAUCAGGCAUGCUAAAGAAGCAAAUGAAGUAGAUGAGUUGCCGGGAGUGACGAUUACAAACAAACAAUUGUUCUUUGUAUCCUAUGCUCAGUCUUUGUGCCAAAAUAUGAGACCUGAGAAACUUAUGUAUGAAAAAGAUGCAUCUACAUAUCUUCCUAAUCAGCUAAGGGUGCUGGGAACUUUGCAGCAGUUGCCACAAUUUUCAGCUGCAUUUUCAUGUCCGAGAAAUUCAAUUGUAAAUUCCAGAGAAUAUUGCAGCUUAUGGUGAAAAUCACAGAUUCCUAAAUAUGGAUUGUGACGUAUUUUUCUAACUUUCCAAUUUUAAAUUGCUUAUUUUUAUGACAUUGGUAAAUUAUUUUUAUAGAUUGCAUUUUAAUCCUUACAAUUUUAAUGAAUUUUGUACAUUCUUCUUCUCAGCAUACCAGCUGAUUGUGUAUAGUAAGCAAUAAAAUUGUUCAUUGCUGUGUCCA